CCGAAUUCGAAAGAAACAUUUUCUACAUUGUUGCAAUGUUAGAGAAGUGAAGUGAAAAUAACUAAUAAAUUGAGCUUUUUCAGUGGAACUUAAUAUCUUCCAGUUGUCACUUUUUUAUUUUAAAGACUAAAAUUAUAAGAUAUGGAAAGCAAAAUUACACUUUCAUUCAAAGUUUCCACAACUUUUUGUAUGUAAAAAUGAAAUCUGAACACUGUUUUAACAUAAUAAAUAUUCAUAGAUGUAUGUCAGUCAUUACAGAUAAUUAUGAAAACUGUUAGUGAUUCAUGUUUUCGAAUUUUGAUGAAAGAAAAACGUUUGGGAAAACUGGAUGAGCUUGGUGUGGUCCAUGAAGCGGAUCUUGCACUAGUUACGCAACAUGUGAACAAAAAACACUCCAGAAACUUUAUUCCCAUUUCAAGCCUAGGAGAUUUAUCCAGUCCAGAGCGAAACUCAAGUCAAGAAGAGUACCUUGAUCUUCGAUCACAGAAGACAUUUUUUGCCAGCACUUCCAGAGCAAAGGAGUCACUUGGACACAGAAGCAUUUCAGUCUAUGACAGUGGAAUUAUACACAUGUCUACUGGAACAAGACUGGUUAAAAGCCAACGUUGUGCCAGUGUUCAAAAAAGGCGACAAACCCCAGGUGGAGUGCUAUCAGCCCACAUCGCUUUUGAGUGUGUCCAGCAAGAUCCUUGA